UUGAUACAGUCAUCACUCUUCUCCUGUGGUGUGCGUUCCAACGAUUCAACUGUUCAACAUGACGAUGACACUGGCUUACUGGGAUAUUCGCGGGCUUGCUCAGCCCAUACGUCUGCUGUUGGAGUACACUGGCACUAAGUAUGAAGAUAAACAGUACUCCUGUGGUGAAGCUCCCACUUUUGACAAGAGCAGUUGGAUUAACGAUAAAGCCAAACUCAAAAUGCACUUCUGUAAUCUUCCAUACCUUCAGGAUGGAGACAGGCAAAUAGUACAGAGCAAUGCCAUACUAAGAUAUAUCGCCCGCAAGCACAACCUCUGUGGAGAGACUGAAGAUGAGAAGAUCAGAGUGGACAUCAUGGAAAAUCAAGCAAUGGAUUUCCGCAAUGGUUUUGUCAUGUUGUGCUAUGGAGAUUAUGACAACAAAAAGAAAGGUUACCUGGAGGCACUGCCAGGAGUUCUAAAGCAGUUCUCAGACUUCUUGGGGGAGAGAAAAUGGUUUGCUGGUGACAAGAUCACAUUUCCGGACUUUGUGAUGUAUGAGCUGUUGGACCAGCACAGAAUGUUUGAGCCCAAAUGUCUGGAUGACUUCAAAAAUCUUAAAGAUUUCCUGAACAGAUUUGAGGCACUUGAGAAGAUCUCUGCUUACAUGAAAUCAAGCAGAUUUAUGAAAACUCCUGUAAACAACAAGAUGGCCAAGUGGGGAAACAAGAAGGAAUAAAGACAGAAUCACUUUUUGUGAUGAUACUUUAACAAUGGUGCUUCAAAUGAUGUACAACCUAAUUUAGCAAAUAUCAUAUUACAUUACUUUUUAAUAUUCAUAAACUCAUGUCAACUAGUGCAACACAAUCAUUUCAGAUACUGCUAUUCCAAACAUUUUCAAAAUAAUAUGUGUACCUUGCACCAACAAGAAUGUAAAGCACUUAUGUUUGAACUAAUUGUUUAUAGGUAAGUACAAAAUUGAUUUAGAUUUUGAUUACACAUUUGUGUAAAGAUUUUGUAAAAUAAAUUGUAUUCGCAGUCAAAAGCUGUGGCCUUCAUCCAGUUUUCCAUAUAAUAAACAUUCAUGGAACAUUAAGUUUACAAUGAAAUAUGAAAAUAAACAUUACGUUUAUUGCA